AUGCCGAUGGGCGCCACAAACGCCCCCAAGCACUUUCACCAAGUUAUGGGCAUCAUACUAAGCAAACUACCGUUUUCACAUGACAUAAGAUACUACCAGGACGACAUAUUCGUCGCCGCAACUGAUGCUAAGCAACUCAAACAGCGAUAUCAAAGAACUAUAGAUUACUUAAUGUCACAGAACUUCCAGAUCAACUAUGACAAAUCGCAACUUCAGUGUACCGACUUACUCGGGUAUACGCUGAAGAAUCAUACACUAUCCAUCCCAGACCAAAAAUGGAAGCGCAUUAACGAACUUCUACACUCAAACAACCUACAACUCAUUCAAAGAGCCGCUCAGACUCUGGCCUACUAUAAACACACCCUCAACAGCAAUCAACAACUGACUAUUCAGAAGCUGCUAACGAACAAAGUCAAAGAUUCAGAGAUACUAUCUAUCUAUUCCAAGGCGUUAUCCUCGAAACCGCAAAUGACUUUCACCACUUCAGCGGGCGAACCGCUUAAACUCUAUCUUGACACAUCUAACCAAGCCGCAGGACUAGUCCUGAAGCAAGCCAAUAACACUCUACUUAGUGCAUCUAUACCGCUACCAGCAGUCCACAACUAUGCCAAUACCAAUGAAGCGCAAGGCGCAUAUAUGUUAAUCAAAAGAUACUUAAGUCAAAUCAAAGACUACGUUUAUACAGCUAAAUCCGAGCUACAGGUAUUCUCAGACAACAUGCUGCUAGCCAAGGCCCUGGCGGGCCUAUCUAAAAUAACUCUAGGAUCCGAAACCCAAUACUAUGCGCGCAAGAUCAAAAUACUUAUCGCCACAAUCAAAGACACUCGCACGACUUACAACUAUAUACAAGGCAAAUUAAACCCAGCAGAUAAACCAUCACGCCGCACGCAUAAGACACAAGACACCAAAUGGAAAGCAACACGACAAUCGAACAAACAUUUAGCCGCAAAAAUAUUCGCACACGGCACCCGAUCAAAUUUUUAUCAUCUUUUUCCUAAGACAAACGAUAAAAUCAAAGUCGACUAUAAAGAAAGAAAUUUUCAAAGAUGA